UCCUUCUUUCGGAUGUCUAGCUGUAAACUCUUGACCACCACAGCAGAGGAUGAGCGUCUGGGUUACUGGGUUAGCCUUUGAAUCUAGCCCGGUGUGGUCCAGCAGUAGUGCACACUUUUACGAGUUUCUGGAGAGCUAGAGUUGUUGAUCAAAGAGACGGCGUGACAGAGGAAUGCAAUCACACCCUUUUUUCUACAAGUUGAUAACUGUCUGACUUCAUAGCUCGGAACCUUUCCCUCGAGGAAGCGCUGGAAAAAGACUGAGGUUUCUUCUCGAGAAGCUACAAGAAGGUUAAGCGCGGUCAGCACUAUGACUGAUGGGGACUACGAUUUUCUGAUCAAGCUCCUGGCUCUGGGCGACUCGGGAGUGGGCAAGACCACCUUUCUGUAUCGCUACACAGACAACAAGUUCAACCCCAAAUUCAUCACCACCGUGGGCAUCGACUUCAGGGAAAAGAGAGUGGUGUACAGUACUAACAGCCCCAAUGGGACCACGGGGAAGUCGUUCAAAGUUCACCUGCAGCUGUGGGACACAGCAGGACAGGAAAGGUUCAGAAGCCUGACCACGGCCUUCUUCAGAGACGCGAUGGGCUUCCUGCUGAUGUUCGACCUGACCAGCCAGCAGAGCUUCCUGAACGUCCGCAACUGGAUGAGUCAGCUACAGGCUAACGCUUACUGCGAAAACCCAGACAUCGUUCUCGUCGGCAACAAAGCUGACCUGGCGGACCAGAGGGAGGUCCAGGAGAAGCAAGCGAAAGAGCUGGCGGACAAAUAUGGCAUCCCAUACUUUGAGACGAGUGCAGCCACAGGCGCACAAGUAGACAAGGCGGUGGUCACUCUGCUGGACCUGGUGAUGAAGAGGAUGGAGCAGUGCGUGGACAAGCCUGCAGCCGACGCCCAGAACACCGACGGCGCCAGCAAGCUGACUGCCGCCCCUGCCAGCGAAAAGAAAUGCGCGUGUUAAAAAAACACCAGGCCGCUCUUUGUUCCCCCCUCUACCCCGCAGUGGACAAACAUGGAAUUGCAGCUCAGCCCCGCGCGUGCUGAAGUGGUCAUGAAAAGUGCGGCGCUGGACAGCUUUCACUCCAACCCUGUCCGUCCUCGCUCACUGAAUUCAAGACGUGUGGACUUUACUUGUUUUUCGGCUCCAAUGCAUUUUGGAGCAUUUCUGAAAUUGUCUCCGGUAAACAAACCCCCCCCCCAUAAAUUUAUGACAGGAUAUCUAUUAACUAUGGCAAAGAUAACUCUAUGGGUUACACGCUAUACAAUCCACCUUUAUGAAAUGAAUGUUUUGGUACUUUGUUUUUGUUUCUCAUGCCUUGAAUUAUGUUAAAAAAAACAAACAAACAAAAAAAAACUAAUAUCUUUCUAAUAUCUUUCUUUUUUUUGCCUGUGCUAUCAUGUUUAGCAGCAAACAGCUCAGACACUAAAACAUAGUCAGUGUUGGUCGAAAAAGCAGUGGCUGAAUACUGUACACAUUGUCCUAAACGUUACAGUACGUUUACAUUAAAUUACAGUACAUAUACAGUAACGUAUUCAGAACACAUUCACAGCACAUCUUGGUAAGUUACACCGUUCCUCUGUUACGGGCUGGCAGGUUUCUUUGUUCAUACAAGUCAUGAAAAAUGAGCUCAUCCUUUAAAUGACGUUUCUCCUCAGUCCAGUGCUUCGGUCCACUGCUGCCCCCACAAUCCCCUGAGCAAAAGUCCAGUAAGCCGCCGAUGCUAAACUUAUCACUUGCAAGCAUGUCCACCACUGAGACGAUGAUCAUUCCUUUAAAAGAGCUCGGCAACUCUGAGGUAAGACACCGACUCUGAAAACAUACUUAUAACGGCCGAACUGCUGUUCAUGUGCCAAAAACGGCUUUUGCCUCUGGUUUGACCGAGUUUGCCUGCGACGAACACCAUUCGUAGAGUCAGCCUGAAAAAAACCCUGCAUGCUUGUGGGCAAGCGUUCAUAUAAAGUUACUCUUAAGGUCCGAAUGUCUGCCGGCACUGAUUAUGAUUUUUUUCGCUUUUAUUUUUCCUCUUAUUUGCCGUCUUGUCCUGCAGAAUUUCCGUCCCACCUUAAAUGAUACACGCACCAGAAUGUAGCUGCUGCAUCAUUUAGCUUCGGCAAACCUAACGAUCUUUUUUCAGCCUUUGCCAUCUUCAUAGCCCCAUCACGCCCAGCUACUGAAUGUAUAAAUUAUUAUUUUAACAUAUACCAGGCAUCACAUUAAGACCACCAGUUUCUACACUCACUGUCCACUUUAUCAGCUCCACUUACUGUAUAGCUGCACUUUGUAGUUCUACAGUUACAGACUGUAGUCCA